CGCGCCAUCAUCGCCGUUGCUGGUGUACAGAAAUAUCGCUGAAAAUAUCCACCAAUCGCCAAGACUUGCCAUGGAUCGUUACGAGAAGGUGCAAACGGAGGAGUCCGACGAUGUGGUGGACAAGGACGUGUUCACCUUCAUUACAAAGAGCGGCAGCUCCAUCCAGCCUGCCGUUGCAUUGCUGGAGCAGAAGUUGAUGCAGGACGGCAAGGUGGUGGUCUUGGGCACGGGCCAUGCCACCACCAAGGCGGUCUCCAUUGCGGAGAUUCUCAAGCGCGCCAUGACGCAGCAGCCAUUUGAUCUUGCGCAGCAAACCGACAUCUUCCACUCGAGGGUCAAAGAGACCUGGGCCCCCAAGCCAGACGAGCCAGAGCCGCUGGACAAAAUUGAGGUCCUACGGAAAGUGCCUGCAAUCCGAAUCACGUUUGAUGGAAGGGCGAUAUCACCAGAGGAGCACCAGCAGCAGCAGCAACACAGGCAGCAGCAGCAACCAAAGGCGCAAAAGCAGCCGCAACAACAGCAACAGAGGAAGAAACAGCAACAGAAGAAGGGUGGAGGCAAGCGUGGCGCCGACACGCAGCAAGGUCAACAACAACAGCAGCAACAGCAGCAGAAGGAAGGAGCUGAGUCUGGUGGUGGUGCACACGGUAAAGGAGGAUCAAAAGGCGGAAAGAGGAAAGGCCAGAGGCGGGGACAACAACAACAACAGCAGCAGCAGCAGCACCAACAGCGCAAGCAGCAGGGGCAGCAGGGUACACAGGCGUCGAGGUCAUCGCAGCCCAAAGCACCACGGACCGCAGAUCCAUAGCACAGCUGUGUGUGUGUGUGUGUGUGUGUGUGUGUGUGUGUGUGUGUGUGUGUGUGUGUGUGUGUGCACCGUGUUUUGCCUGCCAUUCUCUGCAAACCCUCGCCCUCCCUUCCUUCUUUGUUGCUGACCUUUCUGUGUUUGUGAAUAUGGGCUUGCUUCGCACUGUUCGUUUGCGGCGGGGUUUUGCGUGAGCUCACAGAGCAUGAGUCAGAGUUGUAAUGUAACAGCACUGCGCUGCUGCCACCAUGAAUACAUGUGGACACGCACAGCGUGUCGAUGUGAAGCAGCCCCAAGCAUCAUCGCACCAGUGUAACCAACACAAUAUAUACCGCUAUCGCGCA